AUGCCAUCCGAAAUUUGGACCGAUCAUGAUACUUUUACCACCACCACAACUACCACCUAUCGAAAACUUUCACAAAAAACCGUAUUAAUAAUCGCGUAUAAUGAACAAGAAUUAAUUGAAUUUCAAGCGUACCUCAACGAUAAUGUCAAAUAUCAAUCAAAGGAUUUCAUUAUCAAAGGGUUCAUUAAGGAUAAGUAUCUUUGGCCACGUACCAUCAAUCAUAAUUAUGGUUACAGAUAUGGUCACAGGAACGAAGGGCGUCACUCUCGAUUUCAAUUUGUCUCCCAUUUAACCUCAUUCCUACAAGAUAUCGACAUAGUUGUCAGCAUGAUUGGAAGUAAUUAUGAACAUCAGAAAAUAAUUAUUCAAUGUUGCGUUGAGGCUCAAAUUCGUCGAUUUAUUGCAUGGGAAUUUGGGGUAGACUUGCAAUCUCCAAUUUUGAAUUAUGAUAUGAGCGUGUUAGAGGGUCAUGAAUUGGAUGAAGAAUUGGAUAACACACCAAAAAAGUUCAAUUACACUUUAUUGCAAACGGGAUAUCUUUCAAAUGAAAUACUUUCAAGUCGGAUGGGAUUUCAUCUUCAAGAAAAGAUGAUGACGUUUUAUGGUAAAGGGAUCGAACCGCUCAAUUUAACCUUUAACCAAGAUCUAAUGAGAUUGCUGUGCAACUUGAUCUGUAAUGAUGGUAGAUAUGAAUGGUUUAGAAAAAAGAUCGUUAUAGGCAAACGAACGAGCCAAUUGCAAAUCUACGAGGAAAUUAAAAAUGUUACCAAGGUGGAAUUUAAGAUCGUCCGAUACGGUUUGCAAGACAUUCCUUAUGAUCAGCAGUUUCAAAGGUUACUCGCCGUUGGCAGGUUGAAAGCUUUCGUCGGUAGGAACACCGAGGUUCGUAGGUACUUUCCGGGUUUUGAACCCAUGGAUAUCUCUAAAUGGAUAGAAACUCAAUCGAACAGCGCGAUGUAA